AUGAAACGGCCGCAUCCAGAGUCCCCCCCGGAAGGCCAAGGAACAGCGUGGAGCGGCCUCCUUGUGCCACCCACGGCUCUAUACGCUACGCCGGUCCCGUUACAGGCCCAGCUCUCUACUGCCCAGCUGGUGGAUGCAGGGUUGCCAAGCGAAACAGCUUAUUGUGUCCUUUGUUUGUACCCUGUUGAUGCGCCUACAUAUUGUCAAGCAUGCGAUGAUGGCCCUUUUCAUGAACCAUGUCAUGAUGCACACGCUUGCCCCGCCGUCGUGGCGGUCGUGGGCAGUGCGCCAUAUGGGGAGGGAGGGGUAGAUGGCUCCCACUUGCCCUCUCCUACACGGACACAUGCUUCAUCAGACAGCCACAGCCACGGAGGUGGCGAAGUUUGCAGCGAAGGUGAGGAAACUGGGCACAUCUUCGGGAAUCUUGGUAGAGACGACGACGGCUGGCCUGGCAUAGCGAAGUUUGCGACAGCAGAAGAAGCAGCGCGUUGCCUUCCUGGGCAGCAGCUGUCCGUGGACGAGGCUCUUCCUGGUUCCAAGAAGUCAGCGCCUGCAGAGAAGUUCCGGCAAGCGGAGCCUGGAGUGAAGCCCUACAGCAGGGGCUCGGAGGCCCUGGUGAGCCAAAUAGAGAGGGACCCGGAAGCUUUGAUGCAGGCGCUGGAAGAAUUCGAGAAUGAUAAGUUCGCCUCUUCAAAUGUUGGGAACGCAGACUCACGCCAGGCUUGGUGGGCACGCCGGGCAGAGACGGCGAAUGUGCUUCCUUACCCGUUGACGUUCUCAAAGGUCGCCUUGGCUGGCGCGCUCUUGAAGGCUGGGGGCUACAGAUCUGCAGGCGCUUAUUUCGGUGCACUAAAGCGACGGCACAUAGAGCUGGACCACCCCUGGAGUGAUCGUCUGACGCUGGCAGUUAAGGACGCCCUGCGGUCCUGUCUUCGGGGUAUAGGCCCUGACAAGCAUUGUCAGGCCUUUGAUCUGCGCAGUGUGAUAGAAGUCCAGGAGCCAGAGGUUCAGCCAGGUUGGCCGCGUUUCCCUGUGGCUACCGUGGUGUUGUUCAGUCUUUUUGCCUGCAGAGAAGUGGAGGCCGCGUGUCGAAAACGCAGCCAAGUCACUUUUGAAGACAAGGAAGGCACCUGCGGAGUGGUCAUCCUCAGCCUGCCUGCCACAAAGAAUGACCCUAAGGCGGAAGGGGUCAUCCGCAAACAAGGCUGCACAUGCAGCACCUCUCCAGAGUUGUGUCCAGUAAGGGCUGCCCGUAUGAUUUAUGAUGAUGGCACAGCGCGGGGUGGGAGUGCGGACUCACCAUUCCUAGCCACGCAUGAUGUGCACCAGCCACCAAGCAAGAAAGCCAUGGUUGACAUGUUUCGUUCGGUCGCUCAGGCGAUGGGCUGGAGACAGGACGCAGUUCAGGCCUUGACGGGGCAUGUGCUCAGGUCUACGGGCGCGCAAUUCCUUGCUAGGCAGGGUAUUGAAUACUAUCGAAUACAGCUUUUCUGUCGUUGGGGAAGUGACACGGUUCUGCGGUAUUUGAGGGAUGCGCCUUUGGAAGGUUCAGAAAAGUGGUUGCCCUCCAGCCUGCAAAAUGUUUCUGUUGAAGAAGUGCAAGUGCAGACUGCGUCGACUCUGUCUUGUCAAGACGGGACAUAUGUUCACCUCAAGGAUGCCAUCGACGAUCAAAUCACUAAAGCCCUGGAGCCGCGAGUCACGCAAUUGCUGGGCACAUUUGAGCAGAGAGAAGAUGACAUUUUGUCGCUGGUGAAAGAGUUGAAGCAGACCCAAGAAGAAGUUAAGGAUGCUUGGAGCAUUGAAUUUCAAAGGCAUUUCUUGCCUCGCUACGUUGUCAACUGGGCAAGCUCGAUUGUCCAUGCAGUCAAGAACGAAUCGUUCACUUCUUGCGGUUGCGAGUAUAGAGGACGCCCAGGCUUCACACUGCUGCGGGCUUUCCCUGACGGGUGCCGACAAUGCGCGGCGGCAGGAUGCUUGCAGGAGCUAGCUAAGUGA